GCCUCCCUCCCUUCCCUCAGUGCCGGUGGCUCGGCUCAUCCUCUGCCUGUUGCCUGUCGCUGCCGAGGGAGGGGUCUGGCUGCUUCCAUGCCAGCAGCGCAGUUCAGCAAGAGAAGGCUCCUCGCCCCCUUCCCCUGCUGCCUGCGAAGGAAGGACCCAGCGGUGAUGCUACUCCGGUGACAUCCCAGGAUCGGGAGUCAGAGCCGUCCCUGCCGGGGAGAUCAACAGCAGGGGAGAAAAAGUGCACUUGGCUGAAAGGACACUGUCCUGACUCCAGCAAUAAGGCAGCAAAUCCUUUCUGCACAGAUCCCACUACCUGGGAGGAGAUGUUCCCAGAGGAUUCACCAGCAAGCUCGUGGUCUGAAGCAGGGACGCUGGUGCCUCAUCCCAACACUGCUGCCUGCUCUGAAAGAAAGCUGACUUUUUGACUGUUCCUAAUGAGCAAUUCAGAACUGCAUACUCCUUAAGCAAGUACCAAUAGCUCUGAAUUGGGAGAGAAGGGAUCCCCCAGAAGUCUGGCAAGGCAGAAAACAACCUUCCCCAGCUCACCCAAGGAUAAAUCACCUGCUGUGGGAGAAGCUGGCAGAAAGCUGAUUGCUCAGUCUGUCUGGAAAAGCAACACUUGCAAAGACCAAAGCUGUGCAAACCUUUGCAGCUCAGCUUCAGAGAAGGACCAAAGCUUUUCACCUGCCAAAGGAGGUGACCUACCAAAAGGAGGCCCGAAGUAUUUUUAGGACGAAAUAAAAGCCAGAAGGAAGUGUAAAGCACAAGUGUGAUGCUUGUUGUCAUUAUGACAGCAACGUGCAAAAUGGUUUGCAAAGGCCUGUCCCUCGCAGUUUGCUUAACUGUGUGAACAGCAGCCGUGACACCAAGAGGAUGGAGCAUCUCCUGCUGAAGCCAUCAUGCCAUCUGUGCUAAGUUUCCUCUCCUGACCUCCUUUGUGAGUCUGGUGAGGGGAGACAGGAGAUCUGAAGGUAAACACAGAAAAUGGACCAAAGCUGACAGAGAGCAAUGACUGAGAUUUAUUUCAAGUUCCGUGGAAACCUGACUGGCCGUGUCCAACUUCCAACUCUGGCUACUGAAGUAGACACGACAGCAGACAAAUAUUCCAGCCUCUACGUGUACGUGGGAUUGUUCCUAACCCUCCUGGCUAUCCUCCUGAUCCUGCUUUUCUCCAUGCUCCUGCGCCUGAAGCACGUUGUCUCCCCCAUCUCAGCCUCCCCAGAGAGCACUGAGAACGUGCAGCAGUUCACAGACGUGGAAAUGCACAGCAGGAUCCCCACCACUUAGGGAGCCCAAAGCAAAGAGGGCUCUGUGCUUGGGAAAGGUCCUUUGUUCAGCAAAAAGGUGGUGGAAAGAAGGUCUGGCUGCCUGUUGAGCCCCACAACUUGUUGCAGAACCCUCAGCAGCACCUGGAGGGUGUCACUGGCUGUUGGCACUACAGGCAGCACGUGUGCAACAGUCUCCAUAAAAUCGGCGUUGCAGAAACCCACUGCUGUCAGGGAAGGCUCACAUCCCUCUAAAAACCUCACAGAAAAUGGGAAAAGCCACAUUAAUGACAGCCAAAAAACCAGAGAAACUCAGCAGAAUGUGUCCUGGAGCCUGAGUUUGCUGACCUCUCUCUCUAAAUCAACGAAGUGAAGUGGUGUAAGUGGGAAGAGCCCACAGGGCACACACAGAAAUUAUCAGUGGCUUGAAAAUUCUCAGGCAUUUCUCCCACUCAAGAAGGAAAACAUUAAAUUGCUCUUUUACACUUGAAUGGCAAUUAAACAGUGGAGUUUCUGAAGUAUACAAAUGUUUCAUCACCUGCUGGAACUACGCCUUUCUCUCAUUAGAACCCAUUUAGUUGCACGCCAGAUAUCAAAAAGAGACAGAACUUUAAAAGAGAAAAGAAAAGAAAGCCAAAAUUUAAGCAAGGUUUAAAAGAAAAAGAAAGCAGCAGCAGGAAAUGAGAUAAAAAAACCUUAAAAGACAUUCUACCUCUUCCUUUGUCCUCCUUUAUAUUACCUGAGCUGAAUACAAACAUUUUUCUGCCUUUUAGGCUCCCCAGUAUCACUCAGUAAUUAAAAUGUAGUGUGAGUUUUGGGAGCCCAAUUGACAUUGCUCUCCUAACAGACUCCAGUUCAUAACAACAUGUUCUCUCAUAUCCAUACUGGGUUUUCUUCCUCAAAAGACAGACAAGUUCUUCCAAAGUUUUUUCAUUUGUUUUCCUCCAAAGAAAGCUGAGGAAAUGCCAGGGCCUGGCACUGCAGUAAGGAAUAGUGGGAACAGCUUUGGACACAGACUAAUAGGGAACAUGCAGAUGGAAAGUAAACUCACUGAGCACUGAAAGACACAAUUGGAUUCAAAUAUCCUGAUGGAAUCUCAUGGGGGAAAGAAAUGUUUAUUUAAAUUUAUGGAACAACAAUCUGACCCAGUCCUAUGAGUGGCGUACAGAGGUAGGCUUUGCUUCCACGGAUGGAAAAGAUGGAACCAAAUACUGCAAAUCACUCCUGGGAGAGCCACUGCCUCUCACAGAAAAGCCUUCAGUGAAUUGUUUCAGCCACAUCUCUAAAGGGCAGGUAUUUUACACAGCUUAUCCACUUUAUUACAGUCCAACUCUAGUUUAGCAAUAAAAUCCCCUGGAUGCUUUCCACAUGUACAUAGGCUCUUAUUUGCCAAUUCUGCUCUCUGCAAGGGCUUGGAAAGUAUAAAGUCCUCACACAAACCCAGUGCAAAAUUAGAGGAGACACUGUCACAUGGGCUUGUGAUAGUAGCACGAAAUUGUUCUUCAAAUGCUUUGUGUACCACAGGUUUUUUGCUUACCUUUAAAGGUCUGGGUGAGCUGUUUGGACUGGGAGUGUGGCUUGUACAGAUGGUUGGCAGGGGGGAAGCAGAAUGACGAGUACCAUCCCCACUGGAUACACUGGAUCCACGGGCAGGACUAGUGUUACUUCUCACUGAUGGAUUGAGUACAAAACCAUGUAAACAUUGCUUCCUUACAUUGAAUAACUUCUUUUUACUUCAUUAACCCCCACAUCUGUGAAUCCCAGAAUCCCAGAAUGGUUUGGGUUAGAAAGGACCUUAAAGAUCAUCUCAUUCCACCCCCUGCCAAUGGGCAGGGAUACCUUCCACCAUCCCAGGUUGCUCCAAACCCCGUCCAACCUGGCCCUGGACAGUGAACCAGAACAGUGAUUGUGUGAGGGAAUACAGCAAAAAAUUCACUCUCAGCAGUGUCUCUCCAUGCCAUGCUUGGCUGUGCUCCCCUGGAAAAAUGGCAGGAGGCAGGUUACCCUCUAUGGGGACAACACCAGGCAGGAUGGUGGCUUCACACCCCAUCUAAAGAUUGGCUCCUCGAGGAGUGCUACUCUCAGUACUACACAAGAGCCAAAAUUUUGUGUGAUGAUCUGGAUAUUAAUCCAACUAAGACAGAUGACUAGUGAGUUAGUCAAUGACAUUUAAAAUUAACAAAAAUCUACACAGCUCAAGUUGGCUUGGUAUGUGUCAUUCAUUGAGCCAUCAUGAGGCAGCGUAGCCCAGGCUCAACAUCUGACUUACCCUGUAAAACUUCUCCAUUCAAAAGCUACAACUUACCUAGACCAGAAAUGUUCUGAUGUUAUUAAAUCAGCAACUAAACCACCUUAGCUUCCCAGAACAACUGUCUGCAGAAAAGCCUUGUAUCCAAGAGUCUGCAGGACAGACUCAGCUUUUAUUGACAGACUUUUAUUGACAUAAAAUAUCAGACCUACUAAUGGAAAAUUACAGAUUCUGAUUGCUCUGAUCUCAGCCAAAAUGGCCCCUGAGGUACCUGUCAGGACAGAGCUUCUUUCCAUCACACCAAGGAAUGUUAAUUCAGAAGUCUCACAACACUUUAAAACAUAUUCAGUAAAUAUCCUUUAAAUAAAUGAGUAAUCACUUUCUAUAUCAGAUGGUAUCUUUGGGCAGAUUGUGUAUUUUUAUGUAGUACUCUUAUGGAAGGCAGCCCUAUCUUCUCACACGAAAAGGACAAGUUUUCCUUUCUAAAGCUUCAUUUCACAUAAAGUCUCUGUACCACUUGACACAUCUCCAGCCCCAGAGGCACUCAGGGUGCCUCAUUUGUCUGUACAAUGCCAGUACAUUUUAAAGCCUUUCCCACUGAGAAAUAGAAGAAUUCCUUUCCCCUCUUUUCACUAUCAUUUGCAAUGUCCCAGACCUGAGGGAUAUCUCUGGGAAAAGAGACUGUUGGGAUGUGUUGAGCUGUUUGAUAAGUGCUCUCUAGUGGAGUUUGGCAUUCUUUGGCUUUCAAAAGUGGUUAUUGGAAAUUUUGCAUGGGUUUGCUGCAUCUUGGAGCACUGCAGGUCUCACAGUCAUACCCUUCCCCUUCAGCAGGCUGUUUCCUUCCCACUUGUCCAUCUGCUAUCGAAAAUGGGGGUUUUUACAAAAAUAAAGAGGCUUAGUGCUAUCAAUGGUGAGUCACUGACUGCUCUGUAUGUUCCCACCCGUGGAUCUGAAAGACCAGCUCACAUACAGACUCAGAUGGUGCCACUAUUCCAAACCAACUGCUGGCCACAGGGAGUGUCUGGGCAAGAAAACCUUCUACCAGUCUGUAUGAGUAGUACUUGAACCAGCACAGUCUGCCCCCAUCCUUAGUCCCAUCUCAGACACUAGAAACAAAUUGAGUAUUGAGUAAAUUCCUCACCUCCUCCAUGCCCUGCCUGCGGGGGAAGACAGCCACCUGUUGUUCUGAAGGAGCAGCCCCUUGUGGGUGGGACUGUGAGGCCAGAGUGAGCCUCCUCUCAUCAAACAACCAGCAUCGCUCCCAAAUCUCCCCGGGUUCUUAGUCUGGGAGCUGUCAGGAGUAUGGUGUGACUCCCCAAACCAGACGGGAUUAAUCCUUGAGUAAUCUCACCCACAUGAUUUCCAUCCACAAGCAUGCAUUUUCUGUAUUAACAGACCCUUAAGUAUCGAGUAGAAAGGGUUGGUAUGUAGAAUAUUUUCCUUCUCUAUGUCAGAAUAAAUAUAAACAUUUAUUUUCAGAUCCUUGCAGGGCUGCAGAGAAAGAUGUGAUUUUGCAAACAACAUAACUCAGCAGAGGAUCAAUCCUGAUCCUUGAUCCUUCCCAAAGGACCUUUUCCGAUUUUAGUUGAAAAAGAAAUAAAAAAUGUUCAAAACACAGAAAUUAUGCGAAGUCACACAUCCAUUUAACUGUCAGCAUUAAUGACAGCUUAGAUGUAUGACUUGUCCUCACUAGGAACUUACAUAUCCUUACCCUGCAGUCACUAAUGACGUAACUGCUUAUGAGGGAAGAGUCCAGGUAAGUGCAGCCAGCCAGCUCCAGCUUCAGAGCAGGUUUGGAGAGCAGGAGACACGCAGACAAUUCCUCUGCUGGCAGGUAGUGCAACAAGUCACCUGUUUUGCUACAGGUUAGGGAGCAAGUGAGGUGAAAUUGUGGGAUGGUUGUACUUUUUUUCAAAGAGUAUCCAUCUUUGUGUUGUGUCUACACUUCAGCUACAUUCUGGUAUGGACGUUUGUUCACAGUUUGUUCAUGUGUCUUUCAAAAAAUGUGCAGUUGUACAAUGACAUUCAUGGCUAGAAAUUCAGAUGGGGAUAUAUCCGGAAAGGGGAAAUCUCAAACGGUAUUUUCUUGGUACAUGAGCUGUAGACUCAAUUGUUGACAUUUUGGUAGAAAAACAAACCUGGAGAUGGUGAGGUCUGCUCGAUCUUUGCAGUGGGCUCAAAAAAAAGACUACACAGAAUGUUAAGUAAAAAGGAUAAAUACUUGGGGAUUGGGGAAGGUAUUUUCAGUUACGGUUCCUGACACAGAGUUCGCAUUUGUUCACAAAAAGGAACUGCAUGUUAUACAUUCCAUCUGCCAAGAGCCCUACCCCAUAAAGCCCUCUCAGGUCUUCACCAUUCUCAGGCUUCACAGAAGGUUGUGAAAUUCUAGCAAGAGUAAGAGCAGUCUUCAGUUCCUUGCCUUCAUUCUGUGGGCACAGAUAUCAAAAUAAAGCCUGAAAAAACCACAAGGAUAAUUUGGUUUCUUGUACACUUGCUCUCCAGAAUGUGAUAUAUGAACAUUUCCUCCUCAGUCCUUUCAUUAUCAAGAAUAGUUAAAGUAUCAUCUAAGAUGACUGAUGUUAAGAGUGAAAAAAUAAACUGAAUAUGAAUUUUGA